CUUUACCAACCAGAAGAGAAGUGAGAUUUAAAGAAUUUGCCGUUCAUCAUGGCAUCUGCUCCCAUUGUAUUAGAUAAUGGUACUGGAUUUGUCAAGGUCGGGUACGCUAAAGACAAUUUUCCGCGUCACCAAUUUCCAUCAAUUGUAGGUAGACCAAUUUUACGUGCAGAAGAAAAAACAGGCGAUAUUCAAAUCAAAGAUGUUAUGGUUGGUGAUGAGGCAGAGGCGGUGAGAUCACUGCUGCAAGUCAAGUAUCCCAUGGAAAAUGGUAUUAUCCGUAAUUUUGAAGAGAUGAAUAAUUUGUGGGACUAUACAUUCUAUGAUAAAUUAAAAAUUGAUACGAAUGGGCAAAAAAUCUUGCUUACAGAACCUCCGAUGAAUCCCGUCGCAAAUCGUGAAAAAAUGUGCGAAACCAUGUUUGAGCGAUACGGUUUUGGCGGUGUAUAUGUGGCCAUUCAAGCAGUCUUAUCUCUUUAUGCUCAGGGACUAAGUAGUGGUGUGGUCGUUGAUUCCGGUGAUGGUGUUACACAUAUUGUUCCUGUUUACGAAAGUGUCGUCUUGAAUCACCUUGUUGGUCGUCUGGACGUUGCAGGAAGAGAUGCUACUCGCUAUCUCAUCAAUUUGCUUUUGCGAAAGGGAUAUGCAUUUAACCGGACCGCUGAUUUUGAAACGGUACGUGAAAUGAAAGAAAAACUCUGUUAUGUCAGUUACGAUCUCGAGCUUGAUCACAAGCUUAGUGAAGAAACCACUGUUUUGAUGCGUAACUAUACCUUGCCUGACGGACGCAUUAUUAAAGUGGGCUCGGAACGUUUUGAAUGCCCUGAAUGUUUGUUCCAGCCUCAUCUUGUUGGUAGUGAACAACCCGGCUUAAGUGAGUUUAUUUUUAAUACAAUUCAGGCUGCAGACGUCGAUGUCCGUAAGUAUUUGUAUCGUGCUAUUGUUCUUUCUGGUGGUAGCAGUAUGUAUGCUGGCUUGCCUUCUCGCCUGGAGAAGGAGAUCAAGCAGUUGUGGUUUGAUCGUGUGCUUCAUGGCGAUCCAUCUCGUUUACCUAACUUCAAGGUUAAAAUUGAAGAUGCUCCUCGUCGUCGCCAUGCAGUAUUUAUCGGUGGUGCCGUCCUUGCCGAUAUUAUGGCCCAGAAUGAUCAUAUGUGGGUUUCAAAACAAGAGUGGGAAGAGUAUGGUGUUCGUGCUCUUGAUAAGCUGGGACCCCGUACUACCUAAACGUGGCUUUUUUACGAUCUAUUCUUUUUGCUUUUUUCCCUUCAGGAAGAAACUAUGUGUCCAAAAUGUUUUACCUUUCUUUUACGAAUGAUGUAUAGUUGCAUCUGUCUUUUGCUUUAAGGUUGAUAAAAUCUUAUCAUUCUAUUUUCUGUGUAAUUUUUCAUCGAUCUGACACUACCGUUUCCUUAGUUUCGAAUAUCAAGGCAUACAUAGAUUUAAUGACUAGAUAACUAUUAUGAUUACAAUCUUUACAAAUUGAAUGCCGUGAUAUUAAUGCUGUCGUAAAUGUUUUCUGAAUAGAAAUUCAACGCACUCUUACAAAGAUUAAGCUUUCAUUCAA